CAGGUGUGUUGAUUUUUCGGAAGAUUGUCAUGACAUGUGGAUAACUUCGGAAUUGUCAUGUUUUGCUGUGGUACACGAAAAGAAAGAUCUUCUAGAAUGGAUACUGAUGGAGAUCACUCAAAGCAUCAUUUUCACCAGAACACUACCAUCACAGAUGAUCUGGUCACUACAUAUAUAUCUGAACAUCCUGAAUUGUUGGAAAAGUAUGUCAUGGAAAACAUAGAAACUCAGCAGCUAGAGCGAUGGAUUAUAAGAAAAAUGAAGAAGAAAAGUGACCCACAAAACGCUAUUCGAAAAACCAGCCUCUCCAGAUGGAAGUUCUGUGUUCAUGCCGACAAACGUCAAAUGCUCCAGGAAAUCACAAAGAACCUACAAAACCAACCAGCAAAAGAUCACGUUCUAUGGGAACUUGCGAACUGUAUAUGCUCAGCAGUUGGUGCUGAAGGUUUCAGGUUGUACGUUGCUGAGAAAGGUGAUCCAGACGAACUGUACUUACACCCUGGUGUAGAGCCUUCAGAAGCUAGCACUUCGCCACAACUGCAACGCACAAAUACUGGAGUCAGUAUCCCAGCAUACGUAGCGAGAAAUAGGGAACCAGUUAGACUCUCUCGAGGGAAACCUGACUCCCGUUUUCCUGAUACAGUCAUGGAUGAACUAUCAUCUUCUAUGGUCCAUAUCCAGUGUCAUCCCAUAAUGCAGUCUGAUGGAAAAUUGAUUGCUGUUCUGGAACUCUGGAGAGGAGACGACGCUCAAGGGCCGUUUUAUGAAGAAGAUGAAGAGAUCGCCUGUAGCUAUUUGAUGUGGGGUGGAAUUGCCCUUCAUUAUGCCCACCUAUAUUUCAAUAUGAACAAGCAAAGGCAACUGAAUGAUUUUCUCCUAGCCGUAGUCAAGUCCAUCUUCCAGGACAUGAUAAGCAUCGACUCCCUGGUCAUCAAAAUAAUGAAUUUCGCCCAGCGACUGGUAGACGCUGAUAGAGCCUCUCUAUUUCAAGUGGACCCAAGAACCAAAGAGCUUUACUCCACCAUAUUCGAUGUGGGUGUGGAAACUGCAGGCACACCUGACAUGCUGGGCUCCGUAAUCAGCGAGGAUCAGGAUAACAUCGGCAUGUACACUUCCAAGGAAAUCCGCUUUGCCUUGGGAACUGGCAUAGCGGGACACGUGGCUCUCACAGGGGAGAUACUGAAUAUCAGGGACGCCUACUCUGAUUCGAGAUUCAAUAGAGCAGUGGACCAGUUCACAGGCUACACUACGAAAACUAUUCUCUGUAUGCCCAUAUAUAUCAGAGGAUAUAUCAUUGGUGUCGUUCAGAUGGUGAACAAGCACAAUGGAUAUUUCACAAAGGAUGAUGAAGAAGCUUUCGAAACAUUCGCUAUCUACUGUGGUCUGGCGUUGCAUCAUGCGAAACUUUACGAUAAAAUAAGGAAAUCCGAACAAAAGUAUAAGGUUGCACUGGACGUUCUCAGCUACCACAAUACGUGCACUGAAGGAGAAUACCAAGCUGCCGUGAAAACUGGAAUCCCCAAGAACCUUCCAGGGGUUGACAGUUACUAUUUCAAUCCGUUCGAGCUGAAAGAUCUGGAAAAGGCUAGGCAUGCCAUGUACAUGUUCAGCGAUUUAUUCGGUUUACAAACGUUCGAUGAAGAGUGCCUGCUCAAAUUCAUUCUGACAGUUAGGAAGAAUUAUAGGAGAGUACCUUAUCACAACUGGACACAUGGGUUCUCGGUGGCUAAUAGCAUGUAUUGUAUCAUCAAGCAUUCCAAGGGAGCUUUCAAUACGAAUGAGUGUCUGGCUUUGUACGUUGGUGCACUGUGUCAUGACUUGGACCACAGAGGAAAAAAUAACAAAUUCAUGUUGGAAACAGAAUCUCCCCUUGCGGCCAUAUAUUCUACAUCUACAAUGGAACACCAUCACUUCAACCAGACCGUGGUCAUUCUGCAACAGGAAGGCCAUAAUAUCUUCAGUAAACUGCAGAAUGAUGACUACAAACAAGUUCUGAGUCUACUAAAGCAUUGCAUCCUUGCAACAGAUUUGGCUGUGUUCUUUCCCAAUAAAGCCAAACUAACCGAGAUCGUACAAAUAGGAAGUUUUUCUUGGAAUGACGCAGAACAUAGGAUGUUGAUACAAGCUAUAGCUAUGACUGGUAGCGAUUUGAGUGCCAGUGCCAAGCCCUGGAAAAUCCAGGCUAAAACUGUCAAGGUAAUUUUCGAGGAAUUUUACGACCAAGGUGAUGCCGAAAAGGCUGCUGGUAGACUGCCAAUUCCAAUGAUGGACAGGAACCAGCCGGAUCAGCAGCCAUCAACACAAGUCGGUUUCUUGACGGGAAUAUGUAUACCUUGCUACAACCUCCUGUAUACCCUUAUACCGGAGACCAAGGCUCUUCUCGAUAUGUGCCAUAAGAAUUUAGACAGAUGGAGGAAAAUUGAUGAAGAAGUCAAGACCAGAGAGAACAAAUGAUCUGAUUACUAAUAACCUAGUCACAUAGGAAUCUUGAUGAAGGUUUUUUCUACAAACACUAUCAGAAGUUCGCAUUUUAACACCAGAUGUCUCUAUUACAAUACAGUGUGUCCCACUUACCAUGCUCACCAUGGGUAUCUUUUUAACGGUGAGAGAUACGAGGUUGGUUAAAUGACACCAAAUGUGGAGUUUGUC